AUUGGCUUGUCGCAAGAUGUGAACGCGACCUCACUUCUGGAUUUCGGCGAUGCGGAGAAACGAAUCGCCGGUGGGCCCACAACCGAUAAGCCAGUCCAGGAGUAUUGUGCUACCCCACCAUCCGCCCCGCCGCCGGUGACGGAUCAGUCAUAAUUUGUUGAAGGGAUCACAAAAGACGUUCAAUUGCGACUCACUGUCAACACGCCAUUCUGCAAGAUGGAGACGACACUUCCGCUUCCUCUCGUUCCCUCGCUGGAUCUUGCGUCCCAGCCGUACUUUGAGACUGGCCUGCCCCGAAAGCAACUCAGCCAUCUGGGAAGCAUCUUCUUCGUCGCCAAAAACGAGACGUUCGACUUGGUCUUUGGAUUCCUCCAGGGACACACUGCUGUACGAACAUUUGUCAAUGCCGCCGCUCUUGAAGAAUCGGAUAUCUUGAGCCUUCUGGAUGCCGGCGCACGCUGCGUUUUUGUCAAGGAGGAGCAAGCAGCGUCGCUGGAGAAAUAUGGCGACCGUAUCGGCCUGGUAGCAACAAGCGCUGCAUCGAAAGUGCCCGCUGGAGGCGCUUUGAUUGAUUUCGAAGGAGAUGCUGCUGCGUCAAAAGCACUUCUGAAGAGCUUUGUCGACCAGAAGACGUCACCAGUUUUCCUGGUUACACCAGAGGAAUCAAAGGCACAGGAGACCGUGACUAUCGCACAGGAGUUGGGAGUUGUGCCAAUCGUGCCAGCGACGGCGUUGACGAUGGAGAAUAAGGAUACGGAUGGGAAGUUGUCUGUUCCAGCGAUAAUUGGGUCGCAAUGGGCGAGCGACAGGGCCGAUAAGUUGAUCCCGACCGUUGUCACUGACGAGAAAGGGGUUGCACUGGGAUUGGUAUACAGCAGCCAGGAGAGCAUUUCAGAAUCGCUGAGGACAAGCACGGGGGUUUAUCAGAGCCGAAAGCGUGGGUUAUGGUACAAGGGAGCUAGUUCGGGGGAUACACAGGAGCUUGUCAGAUUGUCGCUGGAUUGUGAUCAGGACUGCUUGAAGUUUGUCGUGAGGCAGAAGGGAAGGGGAUUCUGCCACCUACCACAGCCGACAUGCUUUGGGGAGUUGGGGGGGAUCUCCAAACUUGAGAAGACUUUGCAGUCGAGGAAGAUCUCAGCUCCAGAGGGAUCAUACACGGCGCGUCUGUUCUCGGACGAGAAAUUGUUGCGGGCAAAGAUUAUGGAGGAGGCGGAAGAGCUGUGCGACGCGAAAACGAAGGAGGAGAUUGCCUUUGAGGCGGCGGAUUUGAUUUAUUUUGCCCUCACAAAGGCUGUCGCUGCUGGCGUGACGUUGGCAGACAUUGAGACAAGUCUGGAUGCCAAGAGUGUCAAGGUCAAGAGAAGGCAGGGUGACGCAAAGGGACAGUGGGCGGCGAAGGAGGGGAUUGCUGUUGCGCAGCCGAAGGAGGCAGCCAAGGCUCCCGCUGAGGUGAAGAAGGAGGACGGGCCAAUCCUGAUGAAGCGAUACGACGCUUCUCAGAUUUCUGAAAAGGAGCUGCUGGACGUGCUUCAGCGUCCGUCGCAGAAGUCCAACGAUAUGAUUAUGGGAAUUGUUAACCCUAUUAUCACGGCAGUGCGGACGAGAGGAGAUGCUGCUGUUUUGGAGUACACCCACAAAUUCGAGAAAGCCACCUCCCUUACAUCGCCAAUUCUUAGAGCGCCAUUCCCGCAAUCGAUGAUGAACCUUCCACAGGAGACCAUUGACGCGAUUGACAUCUCGUUUGAGAACAUCCGCAAAUUCCACGCCGCGCAGAAGGAAGAUAAGCCUCUGGAGGUCGAGACGAUGCCAGGGAUCAUCUGCAGCAGAUUUGUGCGCCCGAUUGAGCGGGUUGGUCUGUACGUUCCAGGUGGAACUGCCGUGUUGCCCAGCACCGCUCUGAUGUUGGGUGUGCCGGCCAUGGUCGCAGGAUGCAAGAGAAUUGUCAUGGCGACCCCGCCGCGUGCUGACGGUAGUAUCACACCUGAGGUGAUUUACGCUGCCCACAAGGUGGGAGCUGAGUGCAUUGUGCUUGCUGGCGGUGCGCAAGCCGUCGCUGCGAUGGCGUAUGGAACGGAGAGUGUGCCAAAGGUCGAUAAGAUCCUUGGACCAGGAAACCAGUUUGUCACGGCUGCGAAGAUGCACGUUAGCAAUGACACCAAUGCGGGCGUCAGCAUCGACAUGCCUGCUGGACCGUCUGAGGUUCUUGUUGUGGCUGAUAAGUCUGCCAACCCUGCGUUUGUUGCGUCUGAUCUCCUGUCGCAAGCCGAGCACGGCGUCGAUAGCCAGGUCAUCCUAAUUGCGAUUGACCUGUCGGAGACUGAGUUGAAGGCGAUUGAAGAUGCUCUGCACGAGCAGGCUAUCGCCUUGCCGAGGGUGGAUAUUGUGCGCGGCGCCAUUGCCCACUCUGUCACGCUCGUCGUGAAAAGUCUUGAGGAGGCAAUGAGGCUUUCAAAUGAUUAUGCGCCAGAGCAUCUAAUUCUCCAGAUCAAGGAUGCUGCGGCUGCUGUCGACCUUGUUGAGAAUGCUGGUAGUGUGUUUGUAGGCGAGUGGACGCCAGAGAGCGUUGGUGAUUAUUCGGCUGGUGUCAACCAUUCUUUGCCCACAUAUGGCUACGCCAAGCAGUAUUCAGGUGUGAACCUCGGAUCAUACGUCAAGCACAUCACCAGCUCCAACCUAACGGCACAGGGGCUGAGGAAUGUAGGCGGCGCGGUGAUGCAGCUGGCAAAGGUGGAGGAGCUAGAGGCGCAUAGGAGGGCGGUGGGGAUUAGGUUGAAGUGGAUGGAUGAGAGGGGGUUGUAGUAGAUUUGAAUUAUAUUUUUACGUACGUCAGAGUGGGAUAAUAUGGGAUAUGUCAACGUCCAACCGGGUAUAUUAUAUCUAAGAACUCUCCGCAACUCCUUGA